CUCGUGCUGGCGAUAGCGACCGCCGCCAUGGCAGCCACCUCGUGCCCGUAUGCUAACGCUGGCGCCAAUGCGAUCCUCGUGAGCAACGCGCUGUGCCCUACUCCGUCCACGCCAUGCCUCGUCAACCGCACCUGCAGCUACCUCCGGGACGCGACCUUGGAGGCUGACGCGAAUGGCCCGGGUAGCUACAUUGCCAGCGCCGUCGGCGACAUGUCGCUCUAUGGCCUCAGCACGCUGACCAUCCAAGGGUCGGUCAACUCGCAUGCGUGCCUGGCGAGCAUGGUCUUGCCCAAGACGGGCCUCAGAUCAUUUCAAGCGUCGUACGUGGCCAACUUGAAGGCCGACUUUGAGUGGCCAUCGACGCUCACGUCCAUAAAGCUCAACGCGGGCAAUACGACCCAAGUCCCAACCAAGCUACCGCCGUCCGUCACCUUCCUGCGCUGGGACGACAUGGGCGUCCACACGAUCCCGAGUGUCCUGUCCACGUGGACGCACUUGUCAUCGUCGCAUCGUGUAGUUUGCAUCUCAUGCUGGCAUAGGAGUCUUGCUGGCAACCCUAUCAGUGACAUUACGAACGUCGACUUUGGCAAUCUCGUCUACAUUUCGCUCUACAAUGCACCCGUUGCGCGUAUUCAGAAUGUGACCUUCGGGUCCAAGCUCAACUACUUCGCCAUCUCUGGCACGCUCACAUCGUUCGUCUUGGCCAAGCCAGCCUACGACAUCCUCAACAGCCUCACCCCCGCCUCCAACUACAUCGGGUACGAAGUCAACAACUUCAAAACCGACCUCAACACGACGGCCUGCACUCGCGCCGGUGGUGUUCUGCAGCCUCUCUGGGCGGCACCGGCGUCCUACUCGGUGUGCGUCGUGCACGAGGCUACGAAAGCACCAACUGCCGACCCAGCAACGGGAUCGAUGGAGCCGACCUUGGCGACAUUGACGCCAAAGGUGGUGCCAACCACGCCGGCACCGACAGAAGACACCUCUUUGAAUGUCGUGUACAGUGUCAGUGUCGGCGUCGCCGUUGUCGUGCUGCUCAUCGUGGGCUACUGCUGCUGGAAGCGCCGUAACGCGGCACCUAGAAGGAGUGCCAAGUCGCCAACAACAAAAACGACGAUUACGGGGUCGCUACCGUCGAGUAACGCGGUGCGUGGUGCAGACGUGGACCUCGACCGUCUCCGCUUGCUGCGCCUCGAACAUCACGAGCUCGUGGUGGUCGACGACGCCCCGCUCGCCGCUGGCGCCCAUGGCGAGGUCUGGCGCGGCAUGUAUUUGCAGCAGCCGGUCGCGAUCAAGCGGACAAAAGACAAGUCGGCCAAAGCGAUUGCGAAAAUGUCGGCUGAAAUUCUUCUCUUGUCGAGAAUCGACUGUCCGUUCAUUGUGCAUCUCGUUGGUGCGAGCUGGACACGCCUAACGGACCUCGAGUGCGUCGUCGAGCUCAUGGACUUGGGCGAUCUCCGGUCGUUUCUCACGGCCAUGUCACACGACGACUACCACUGGGACCAAAAGCUAACCAGCAUUUUCCAAGUGGCCCAAGGGCUCAUGUACCUGCAUACGUUUGAGACGCCGAUCAUCCACCGCGAUCUCAAGUCCCGCAACGUCCUCCUCGACUCACAGAAGGGGACCAAGCUCACGGACUUUGGCGAGUCCCGUGAGAUGGACGAAGAGACCCUUACGAACGGUAUCGGCACGUACCAGUGGAUGGCGCCCGAGAUUUCAACGGGCCACGACUACUCGACGGCGGCUGACGUCUACUCGUUUGGGGUCUUGCUGUCCGAGUACUCGACGCACCGUGUGCCGUACGCCGACAUGGUCAACCCGCGCACCAACAAGCCGAUGCACCAGCAGUUCAUCAUGCACCAGGUCGCGGCGGGCGAGCUCGCGCCAACGUUCGAGACGGAGACGACGCCGGCGUGGGUUGUGGAUCUCGCGUCGCAGUGCUUGUCGUGCGAUCCGGACCCCCGUCCGAGUAUGCUACGUAUUGCGAGUUUGCUCAAAACGAAGGUGUCGAGCUAG